UAGUUCUGGCCUUAGUUUUACACCUUUCUGAAUCUCGGAAGCUGCAUUAAACCCAGUUCCUAAAACCCCAGAACCUCUCGUACAGAGAAAAGCAAGUUUGAUCUAAUACUGUUCGAUAAAAAUGCAGAAGAAGAGCUUCACUCUCCUUCAGACAAUUGCAAUUUCAGGUGUAUUCUCUGCCGUUUCUGGCUGGUAUGGGUUCAUGUUCGGGAGAGAGUCAGCUCGGAAGGAGCUAGGAGGUUUGAUUGAAAGUCUCCGCAAUCCCAAUUCUGACCCCGUUUCACCUCCCCCCUCUCACUCCUAAUUCUAGCAGAUAAAUCCCUAAGGCUGGUGGCACAUGGUUCGAAACUCGGUGUAUAAUGAGCCACUCCUCUACUCUCAGUGGCGGAUGGAGUAUAGAACGACCGGGUUCAACUGAACCCAAUACUUUUAACGCGGAGCAUAAAUUUAUGUAUAAAAGAUCAGUAAAAUUGCAAUAAAUAGUAGAUAUGAACCCAUAACUUUAAAUGCUGAACCCAUAGAUCUAAAAUCCUAGAUCCGCCUCUGUCUACCCUUUCCACUCUUACUUAGAUGUAUUAUGUUAAUUGGAUUUGACUGCAAUGUGCUGGAAGGCUUAGCUGUUCUUUUAUGAA